CUUGUUCUUUGGUGUUCGGGGCUAAAAGCUAAUAAAGCUCAUACCAAGCACUUGGUCUUCGUCCUUGCGCUUGUUCACUCCUUACAAUGUCAGAGCGUUGGCCGGCAGUUGGUCUCACACCUCGGAGCGGCAUUCACAUCUUCCCUCAUCGCUCGCAUCUUCCAUGCUUGCUCGCAGUACCUUCGCUACGGUUGCACUUGCCCUCAGCGCCGCCUGGACUGAUACCAUGCCAAACAUGGCGUUGGUGAUGAUUCGCUUUGGAAAUCUGUUCCUGAGCUCCUCGCUCGCCGCUGUGCAUAUAAUGCUCUUUCACAUCAUCCCACAGCAGUCUACUGCUUCAUUGUCCGGACAGGCACCCGGCUCGGGAACGUCCAACACCGACCGCAUCGAUCGCAAAGACUGCGAUCGACACACGUCGAGUGUCUAGCGAUGCCACGAUGAACAACAGUCACAGAAAUACAUGGCGCUGUUUGCUGCGUUGGUGUCUUCAUCCUUGGGAGUGCCUCGUGGAAGGGAUAUCCAUUGAGCCCACAGAGACUCGGUUUCGCUCGUGCCCUGAGCACCUUCACCGUCGCCAGU